GUAGACCUCUACACGAAAACAACCCACAUCAGGCAUAAGCAGUGAGUGAGUGCAGCGACCUUCGAUCAGCUAUAUCCUGCAUCGAUCUGGUCAUGGCUGUAGCAAUGCUCCCGAGGCUCGUUGCUGUGGCGGCGCUCGUCGCGCUGAUAUGUGCUGUUGCUGUGGGCCAGGUACCCGCACCUGCCGUCGGCGGUGCGCCGGUGUGCGACUUGGUCGAUCAGGACGUCGUGAAUGCGUGCUUCAAGAGCUUUGGAGAAGGUAUGAAAAAUGCCAUUGCAGACAGGCGUUUUUCGGGGGGUAAGGUCAUUAAGGUUGGAGUGGACUGCUGCAUAGCCUUUGGAGGCCACUCGUGCCUCUGCAAGAUGAAGAUGGCGUGGAAGGCUCAGGGCAAAAGUGCCCAGAAUAAUGUGCAAUGCGUCAGGGAAAAGGCAUGUUAGUGACUAGUGAGCGUGUCAUGCAUGCAAGACCUCUAGUUCGUUGGAUAUGUGUGUUUCUUGCAUGUUGGUUUCAAGCGGUCGAUGUCCACACGCUCCUUGUUUGCUUUUAUUUUCUUGUGUGUGUCAUGUGAGUUUGUUCUGUUUUUCUACGUAUGUGAGCGUUGAUCGGUCACUUGUGUCUUUUUAGUUUGUACCAAUCAAAAAUAAUUGU